GUAAGCUAAAUGUCAAUAAUUAUUUAUACUUGCAAUAAAAAAUAAUUUGGUAUAAUAUUAACUGCAGAAAAGUGAAAUAUUUAUGUAUCAAUAUGACUGAUGUUGGUAUAGAAGUGGGCCAGAAAAUGAGGUCUGCUAUUAAAGCGAAGUUGACAGAACUAAAUUGUUAUGUUGAUGAUGAGCUGCCUGACUAUAUUAUGGUUAUGAUUGCCAAUAAACGGACUAAAUCCCAAAUGAAAGAGGAUUUGCAGUUAUUUUUAGACGCGAAGACUGUAACAUUUGUUGAUUGGUUACAUAUAGUUCUAAAGAAAUUGAAAGAAGUACAUGUAACUAAUCCAGAUGUCUUCAAAAAGCCAAUAAAGAGAAAGUCCAAUGAAAUAACAGUCAACGAAGAGGAUGAGGAAGAAGCAAAGAAAGUUAAAAAGGAAAAACAGAAAUCAGAAGUUAAGUCAUUGACUGAUGAUUUACCUAUAACAGCUAAUAAAUUAUCAGAAGCUAGAAAAAUUAUUGUGAUGCAAGAAAAGAAGUCUGAACCAAUCGAGGAUGACAAAUUUGAUAUUCCUUUAUUGAGUGAAAUUACAUCUACCAAUCAAAUUGAACUCGAGUUGAUUGAAAAGAAAAUUAGGAAUGUUAAAAGCAGACUUGGAUUGCAAGUUGAGAGUGAUGAAGAAAUUAAUUUUAAGAAAGCUCUUAAAUCUGAAUUAGAUAUAGAUGAAUCCAAGCUGAAAGAAGUUCCUAGGAAAAUUAUAAUUGAGAAAGAAGUAGAGAAGCCACGUUCUAUUCAUUCAAGAAUCACGUUUGAUAAGGAAAGGGAUUCUUUACAUGCAAAAUAUAAUGCUAUAUUGAGUAAACAUAAGGAAGCCUCACAGAAGAAAUCUAUUUUAGAUAGAUUAGGAAAGAAGAAUGGAAGUACUGUUAAACAGGAUAAAGUGCGUGAGAACAUUAUGAGCAGGUUAGGAGUUAAGUCCACAAUUACUGUUCCUACAAAAACGGUUAAAACUGAUGAUGCUACUAGCAUUGAAGAAAUAACAAAGGACGUUUCCAAUGCAGUGAAAUUGAAAUCUAGACCUUUUAAUUUGAGGCAAGCAAAUCCUAGUUUAUUGUUAAAAGCUGUAGCUGAGGCUCAGAAAAGCAUUAGUCAAAAGCAACCGAUUUCGAAGAAAAUUAUUGAAACUCCUGUAGAAGAUAAUGUAACGCCACUGUUCACAAGAAAGUAUAAAGACAAUACCAAAGCUAAAGUUUCCGAAAAUGAAAAACUGAAAUUGAAAAACAUGUUGACGAGCAUCAACGAGGGUGCUACACUUCAUGCUGAACCAUCUCAGUCAUCGGAAACUAUAGUCAGCCAGAAGUUUAUAGUUACUUUGGACGGAGUGGAUAAAACACAUUUUCCAAUUACUACCCCAACGAAGCGAACUCCGUCACCUAUAGUAUUCAAUAAAAAGGAUAUUCCCGAAACUGCAGAAAAAGCAAGUAAAUGUAAAGAACGAUGCAAGUAUUGGCCUGCCUGUAAAUUGGCAGAGCUCUGUGAAUACGUUCAUCCUGUGAGCGGAUGCAAAGCAUUUCCGAAUUGUAAGUUUGCCGAAAAAUGUCUGUACGUGCAUCCGCCGUGUAAAUUUGAAGCCAGCUGUACACGUAGAGACUGCCCUUACAGCCAUUCGAAGAAUACUACUAGCAAGAUUCUACCGGCACCUAUUGUUGUACCCAAACCUUCGACGCAGACCUGUAAGUUCUUUCCGAACUGUAGCAACACGCAUUGCGCUUUUUAUCACCCACGUCUAUGCAAAUAUGGAUUGUUUUGCAAAAAUCAGCUUGAAUGUAAUUUUGUACAUUCAUUGAAACCAGGCAAUCUGACUUGGCGUUCUGAAAAUAAAUAAUUUUGAAGGUUGUUA